CCCAAACCAUUUCUCUGUUGUCUCAGCUCCUCAUACAUCAGACUUUGUCCGUCUCUCUUGCCUCUCUUCGGACCCAGACACUAUUUUUCCUCUCCAGCCUUCCUCCACUGUGGGAUCAGACAUCCAGCUCUUUCACUCUGUGAGGACGGUGGAGCGAACCAUGCCCUCUGACUUUCUAACACCUUUCCUGGAACUGGACGAGGAGUUCUGCAAGAAUUUCCGCAGCCUUGAGGCGACAGAUGGCUCGUCUGCCUGCUCGCAGCAGCAACGGCAGCAGCACAGUCAAAGAGUCCUGGGCUUCCAGCGUCGCCAUUCUCUCUGCCCCGUGACCCUCCCCAACUCCAAGUUCAACAGCAGCAGCAGCAGCAGCAGCAGCAGCAGCAGCAGCAGCUCUGAGGUGACUGAGUCGUCCUGCUGGGGGCUCAAUAUGGCCUCCGCCCAGCAGUGGAGCAGGGAGGGUCAGCUUCCUCGUUCCUCACUCAGCCACAUCCCCUUCAGAGUCGACCGCUCAGUCAGCAUGAUUGAGGGCAACGGCAGCAGCUUGGGAAGCAGGGAGGACAAAAUGGCUAACGUGUCCCCAACACUGCUUCUCCCUCCCCCAGGCCUCUGCAUCAGCAGCAAUUCUAUCUCCUCCACUGCUUCCUCCUCUGCCUCCAGACCCCCAGCCGCCUCGCCUCACAUCUCCACCCGAUACAAGACAGAACUGUGUCGCACCUUUGAAGAAAGUGGGACCUGCAAGUACGGUGCCAAGUGCCAGUUCGCCCACGGCUUGGACGAGCUGAGAGGUCUCAGCAGGCACCCCAAGUACAAGACAGAGCCUUGCCGCACUUUCCACACAAUUGGCUUCUGCCCGUACGGCGCCCGCUGCCACUUCAUACACAACGCCGAUGAGCUGCACGCCGCCAACGCCACCGUUCCUCCACAGAAACAGAAGCCGAGGCCUCCUCUGCUGCGUCACAGUCUUAGCUUUGCAGGCUUCUCCUCUACACAGACUUUCCAACCAGUUGAGGAGUCACAGCCUUCCUCCCUCCUCUUCACCCGAGCCUCCUCUGUCUCCCCUCCUCCAUCCUCCACGGGGAGCCCAGAGCUCCUCUCCCCUCUCUUUCCUGAGCCAGGAGCACUGAAGCAUUGCCCCUACCCCUUCUCUGGCAUCACCGACCUGGCAGGCGACAGCGGUGAUUCGGCUCUGCGCUUCUAUGCUGUGACCGAUUCCAUCAGUGCCAGGUGUCCCACCUCAAAUUUCACCUCCAAAAACCCAAACCUCCCUUACCACCUCCCCAAGCAGCUGCCGGUCUCCCUGCACAGCCUCCCUGGUCUUCAGCGCUGCUCCUCAGCUGACUCCCUCUCUGAGGAAGGCUACACCUCCUCCUGUUCCCUCAGCUCUUCCUCCAGCGGCACAGAGUCACCAAGCUUCGAGGGCCGACGUCUGCCCAUCUUUAGCCGCCUCUCUGUUUCAGAUGAGUAG